AUGGAAUACAGUUGGUUAGUAAAAAUGGAUAGAGAAUUACAUUAUGCAUGUAUUGAUUCUUAUGGUAAUUUAACAGCAUAUGAAUCAAAUGGUACAUGUCGUAAAGCAGCUUAUGUAACAGCACUUUACUAUACAAUGAGUUCAUUAACUAGUAUUGGUUUUGGUAAUGUUGCUGCAAAUAGUGAUAAUGAAAAAAUCUUUACAUGUGUUAUGAUGCUUAUUGGUUCAUUAUUAUAUGCAACUAUAUUUGGUAAUGUCACAACAAUAUUUACACAAAUGUAUUCAGCUACUGCUCGAUAUCAUGAAAUGUUAAGUAGUAUUCGAGAAUUUAUGCGUUUACAUGGUAUGCCGAAUCAAUUAAAUGAACGUAUUAUGGAUUAUGUUGUAUCAACAUGGGCUAUGACAAAAGGUAUUGAUGCAACAAAAGUAUUAAAUUAUUGUCCAAAAGAUAUGCGUGCGGAUAUAUGUGUACAUAUGAAUCGAAGUGUAUUUAAUGAACAUCCAGCAUUUCGUUUAGCUAGUGAUGGUUGUUUACGUGCAUUAGCUGUUCAUUUUCAUAUAAAUCAUUCUGCACCUGGUGAUAUGUUAUAUCAUUGUGGUGAAAGUCUUGAUAUGUUAUGUUUUAUUGUAUCUGGUUCAUUAGAAGUUAUUCAAGAUGAUGAAGUUUUAGCUAUACUUAGUACCAAUGAUGUAUUUGGUGAUGAUUUUUGGAGUAAAAAUCGAGAUAAUGUUGGUCAAUCAGCAGCUAAUGUUCGUGCAUUAACUUAUUGUAAUUUACAUCAAAUACGACGAGAACGUUUACUUGAAGUAUUAGAUUUUUAUCAUCCAUUUAGUGUUUCAUUUGCUCGAAAUAUGGUGCUUACAUACAAUCUAAGACAUCGUGUUGUAUUUCGUAAAAUAGCUGAUGUUAAACGUGAACGUGAAUUAGCUGAAACAAGAAAAAAUGAAGGUUUAGAUCAAAUUAGUUCUGAUCAUCCUGUACGAAAAUUAAUAUCGAAAUUUCGUAAAAUUUCACAAGAAAAUCGUUCGGCUGCACAAAAUAACCCAAAUUCAAAUAUAUCAUUAGUAACAUCAAGUAAUUCCAUCCAACAACCAUCAUCAUCAUUACCUGUUAUACCAGAAACAGUUAUACAACCAGCCAGUGCAGAACCAUUAGAUUCAUCACCAACAACAAAUACAGCUCCAUCAGCAUCAUCUCUUCUACAUUUACAAUUACCUAUUUCAUCUACUAAUAAACAAAGAGAUAAAUUAGAAACAAUAUCUGAACGUAUUGAAACACAAGAUUCUCAAAUAUCACAAAUAACAUCUGUUAAUCAAAGUCCACCAUUACAACGACCACCAAAAUCAAGUAAAUGGAAAUGGUUAAUGAGUGGCGCAACUGAACCUAAUAAUAAUACAUCAUCAAAACCUCUUCUUUCAAAUACUAAACCAUCAACAACACAACAAAAUACAAUAAAUCCAUUUGAUACGAAACUAUCUGAUGAUGAUGAACUAACAAAAAUAACAGAUAACAAUGAAAAUCGACAAUCGAUUCCACUUAGUUUAUUUAUACCACGAUCAGCUCAACAGACAAAAUCAUCAGAAGAAGGAACUAAUGAUCAAAAACCAUUGGAAGACUCUCAUUCGGAGAUAAAUUUAGCUUUUUCAUCACAUCGUAGUGUAUCAUCACAAUUUGGUGAUCAUCAAUUAUUAUCAUCAUUAAUUGAAAUAAAAAGUGAUCUCAGUACUGAAGUACGAGCAUUAACUAAACGUAUGUCGCAUAUUGAUGAGCAGAUUAGUCAGAUUUUUAAUUUUCUUUCACCAAUCAAUAAUAAUAAUAAUAAUAAUAAUACAUCAGCAAUGACAAAUACUUCGUCAUCAAAUCCAAAACUACCUCCAUCAUCACCACCAAUACAACCAAAAAUGUCACUAUCAUCUCCAGCAGCAUCACUAUUACCAUUAACUACAACAGUAUCAUCUGAAACGAAUCCGAGUUCUCUUUCGAUUUCACCAUUGUUUGAAACACCUUCAUUCUAUUCAGAUUUAAAUGCUAAAGUAUCACUUUUUGAUGAUGAUCGACCAUUACCAACAACAUCAACAGAUAUACAUGAUCUUCCUCGACAAUCACGAGGAAGUGAACAACCUCUUUCAACACCACCAAUACGUCAAAUAAGUGGUUAUGAUGGAACAACACUUUCCAUUCCGCCACCACCAUCCAUUUAUAAUCGUUCAGCGAGUUCAUCAAUAAUUAGUUUAGGCUCAUCCACAACAUCUCGUAGUUCAAUAUCAAAUAAAAUAGCACCGGCACCAGCACCACCAUCACCUAUUAAUUCAAAACAUCCAUUAGGUACAACAUUUCAACCUAUAUCAAAUACACGUUAUAAUCCAGGUCGUUCACCUAAACCAAAAACUCGUUUACAUCAUCAUGGUCGAACUAGUGGUAAAUAUCAACAACAAGCAAGUUCUGAAAAAUCAACAAUCAUUGAACUUGAACCAUCAACACAAGAAAAUCUAUCAAGUAAAAAUGCUCCACUUCUAUCAACACCUAGUAAAACAACAUCAACAACAAAAUCAAGUACUAGCGUUUUUCGUCGUUUUAUAACAAGUGGUAAUAAUACAGAAAAAACAACAGCAACAACAGCAUCAUCAUCACCAUCAACACUUCUCUAUCCACGAACAAGUGAUGAUGAACAACCAAUGAGUCCUGCUAGUUCAGGUAAUGAUGAUGAUGAUUAUCGAUUAUUAGCAUCAACAUCUAGUAAAUAUCAUCAUCAAACACCUCUAUAA